CACUCGCCUGAUACUCCGCCUCCUGCAAAAAGAAAAUGUGAAGAUCUUAGUCCUGAAUGUACUGCGAUGGAGGUUGAUGGUCACGAACAUAUACGCUUCCGAUCAAGUCAUUUGAAUUGGAUUUUAGAGGAGAUACGUUUUCGAUCCCGUCAUUUGAAUUGGAUUUUAGAGGAGAUACUUUUACGAUCCCGUCAUUUGAAUUGGACUUUAGAGGAGAUACGUUUUCGAUCCCGUCAUUUGAAUUGGACUUUAGAGGAGAUACUUUUACGAUCCCGUCAUUUGAAUUGGACUUUAGAGGAGAUACGUUUUCGAUCCCGUCAUUUGAAUUGGACUUUAGAGGAGGCCAACUAA